UGAAUUCCAAUUUCUUCCUGGAGGUGAAAGUGGACCCAGGCAUGAAGCUGUGGCAAUCAAUAUUAGAAGCAUUUGUUCUGUUACCGUAUCUUAAUGUAUGGCUUGUUGAUGGACAAUCUCCUCCUGGGAAACCUAGAAUAGUAAGUUGCCUGUCCCAAGGAAACGAAACAUUUACUUGCCGAUGGGAACCUAAUUCAGAUGGGGGUCUUCCUACAAAUUAUACUCUGCUCUACAACACCAUUGGUGAAGAAGAGAUCCAUGAAUGUCCAGAUUACUUAUCUGCUGGGCCCAAUUCCUGUUACUUUAAUCAAAGAAUCACCAGGCUGUGGCAAUCAUACAACAUCAGUGUAAAAGCUACCAAUGACGCAGGAAGUAAUUUAUCUGACCCCCAUUAUGUGGACGUAAAAGAAAUGGUUAAGCCAAACCCUCCCACGAAUCUCUCUUUGGAAAUCAAAAUGAUAAAUGGAAUAAUGUAUGUGUGGACAAAAUGGUCACCAUCCCUACGGGUGAAUGAUUCAGCACGAUGUAAUUAUGAAUUGCGACUGAAGUCUGCAGAAGGAAAAGAAUGGGAGAAUUACUUUGUGGGACAGCAGUUGCAGUAUAAAAUAUCUCAGUUGCAUCCAGGAAUGAAAUACACAGCUCAGGUUCGUUGUACAACAGAUCGUGGUGAAAGGAGUCUGUGGAGCCCAGAACGAUACAUCCACUUCCAUCGUGACCAGCCUCCGGGGAAGCCAGUCUUUAUAGGAUGUCGCUCUCCCGAGAAAGAAACCUUUACUUGUUGGUGGAAGGCAAGCUCUGAGGGAAGUCUCCCAAAAAACUAUACGCUGCUCUAUAACAGAGAAAGAGAUAAAAAAUAUUUUGAAUGCCCGGACUACACAACAGCAGGUUCCAACUCCUGUUACUUUGAUAAAAAGCACACAUCGCUUUGGACGACAUAUAAUUUUACUCUAAAGGCAAUGAAUGAGAUGGGGAGUAGUGUGGCAGACCCUUAUUACGUGGACGUAGCUAAUAUAGUUCAGCCAGAUCCUCCAGAAAAUCUUUCCCUAGAAUUUGAGAAAAAAGUAUAUGGAGAAUAUAUGUUAUUGACGUGGAAUCCACCUUCUCUGGGUGAUGUCAAAUCGGGUUGGCUAACUCUGGAGUAUGAAUUACAUAUAAAGCCUGAAGAAGGACAAGAAUGGGAAAAAAUAUUUGUUGGGCAAAGGACGUCUUAUAAGAUGUUCAGUGUGAAUCCAGGAAAAAGAUACAUUGCCCAGGUUCGAUGCAGAUCAGAUCAUGGUAUCUGGAGUGACUGGAGCCCUAAAAGUUAUAUCAAACUCCAAAAAGAUACCAGCGUUAAGGACGUCGUUGUUUGGAUCGUUGUGGUUUUUUUAACAAUUGUCGCUUGUUUCAUCUUGAUCUGUAUACUGGCUUUGAGAAAAACCAAGAUGUUCGCUCGCCUUCUACCACCAGUUCCAGGUCCAAAAAUAAAAGGCUUGGAUGCUCAAUUAUUACAGGCAGGGAAAAGUGAAGAAUUGCUGAGUGCUCUUGAUUGCCAGGGUUUCCCUCCAACUUCAGACUACGAUGAUCUGCUGAUUGAAUUUUUGGAGAUAGACGACAGCGAAGAUCAGCAGCUAAUGCCAAACCAGGGAAAGAGUCACCCCAAUAAACACUUGAGGCCAGCACACCAGGAAAGAGACUCCAAUUCAGGAAGAGGAAGCUGUGAGAGUCCAUCUCUACUGCAAGAGAAAUACAAGGAAGCCAGAAAACUGCCCCCUGCAGCAGAAGUACCAGAUCCUGAUGAAGUUCAAAAGAACACCGAUAGAACAAAACUCUCGGAAACAUUAGAAUUAGAGCCUGAAAGGUGUCUCCCACAGUUGACCAGUAGGAACCCAAAGUCAUCUACAUGGCCUGGAGACCAGCCAGGGCACUCUCACACUUCAAAGUGUUCCUCUUAUGAUGCCACAGAAAUCUGCAAAAGGGUACUCAAAGCCACCAAUGUAAAAAGGUCACCCAUUUUGGGGAGAAGUGAAGGAAAGCAUCGUUCUCAACCUCCGGAACCCAUUGAGACAGUCAGUAAAAUAAAAACAGGCCAGCUGGAGGAUGAAGUCAAUUUAACUCUAAACUCUCAGCGUAAUCAAGAGGCAUUCUGGUUAGCUUCUCCAGAGCAGUUGCCUUUUACGUCUACGAAGCCAAUGGAUUAUGUAGAGAUUCACAAAGUCACCAGCGACGGAGUGUUGGCUGUGCUCCCUAAGCAGGCAGAAAGUGUUGUCAAAACUGAAAAGGCUCCUCUGCCUACAGAUGCAAAGGAAUACUCCAAGGUUUCAACUGUUGUAGCCAAUCAUAUUCUGGUAUUAUUACCAGAGACCAAAACGGAAGCCUCGCCUUCUUUUCAGGAACCCCCACAGGAGUCCAAUCCGGAAAGCCAGGCAGAGAAAAACACAAUCUAUUGCCUCCCUGUUCCCAACACGUGCAAAAUACAGAUUGGCAAUUUAGAUUACAUGGAUCCAAACAACUUUAUGCCAGCCUUUCAUUAAUAAAACAAAUUGAAAUCUCCAGGUGUGACACAAGGAAAAUAAACAUUCUUGGCA